AUGGUGGAAAAAGUCUACGUGACGUACAAUCAGAUCCACAAGUUGUGCCAGCAGUCGGCCCCGAAGAUCCUCGAUGACUUCCAGCCAAAUCUUAUGAUUGCAAUUGGUGGCGGUGGUUACGUGCCUGCCCGCAUUCUGAGAUCGUUCCUCAAGAAGACUGGUGCCCCGAACAUCCCCAUCCAAGCCAUCGGCCUCUCCCUGUACGAGCAGCUCUCCGGUUCAGAUCCCGUGGAAGCACCCGGUACCAAAGUCACGCGAACACAAUGGCUCGACCUUUCGUCACUCGAGAUGAGCAACCUGAUCGGAAAGAACGUCUUGAUCGUCGAUGAAGUGGAUGACACACGCACCACACUUGAAUACGCUGUUAAGGAACUGGAAAAGGACGUGGAGGCCGCCCGACAACAACAGGGCAGAACCGAGAAGACCAAAUUCUCCAUCUUCGUGCUGCACAACAAGGACAAGGAGAAGAAGGGGAAGCUGCCCGAAGACAUGGUCAAUGAGAAUCGAUAUCUGGCAGCAGUCACUGUGCCGGAUGUUUGGAUUUGCUACCCCUGGGAAGCGACCGACAUUGAUGAGCACGACAGACUCGCUCAGACCAAUGGCGUCCAAUAG